AUGGCCUUGGGACUCCUGAGGGCCAAGAAAGAAGAGGUGUUCUUGCUCUUCUGUGAUGUGGCUGUGCACUUCAGUCAGGAGGAGUGGAGGUUAUUGAGUCCUGCUCAAAGAACCCUGUACAAGGACGUAAUGCUGGAAAACUACUGCAACAUGGUCUCCCUGGGAAUACCAUUUUCCAAGCCAACAUUGAUCAUUCUUCUGGAACAGGAAGAAGAGCUCUGCAAAGAGAAGGGACAAUAUCUGCCUGGCCACUGCUCACCAGACCCAAAGCCAGAAAUUCAACCAUUUUCCUCCUCCCCUCUAGCCUUCUGCAGUCAGCAUUUAUGCCAGUAUGUGCUCCAUGAUCAUCAUCUUCAUUUAUGCCCAGGGUUGUCUGCAGGAGCUCUCGAAAUGGAAGAUUUCUGCCCUGCGGGUGAACCUCAACACCCACCUGCACUCUCUUAUGAAAACUGCAAAAGGGAAGCAGUGAACUGUCUGCAUAGAGAAGAUGGUUCUGAAACCCUUUCUGAGGGAGUAGGGGAGAAGUCCUCUUCCAAUGUUCCCGAAGAACUGCUAACAAGCUCUAGGAAAGGCAAUAGAGCGGUGGUAAGAGAGCUGUGCUCAGCUGUGAUACCAAACAUUACAGGAACAGAUGAAGUGUUCAAGUGGAUGAGGACGGCACGAUUGAAUGCAAACAGUAGUGGAAGUGGUGGGCAAGAUUUUAUUCAGCAGCCAGUUCUCUUCACUCGUCAGAGGACUCUCUCAGGUGGAAAGCCUUAUAUUUGUGAUGAGUGUGGCCGAAGCUUUACGUAUAAAUCAGCUCUCAUUACACACAAGAGAGCACAUACAGGGGAGAAGCCAUAUCCCUGCCCAGAGUGUGGGCAGGCUUUUAGCCAGAAGUCAAACCUAGUCACUCACCAGAAGGCACACACUGGAGAGAAGCCCUUCACCUGUGAUGAAUGUGGCAGAAGCUUUAGUCAGAAAUCAACCCUCAUCAGACACCUUCGGGCACACUCGAGAGAGUGUGGCGGAGGCUGUCGAAGUAAGUCAAAUCUCAUCACACAGCAAAGCACCCACUCAGGCACAGAACCUCGUACAUGUGAGGACUGUGAGAGGCUCUUCAGAGAUAAGCCAAGUCGUAGCAAGCAUCGGAGAGUUCGUUCAGGAGACAGCCCUCAUUUGUGUAGUGAAUGUGGCCGGAGCUUCAGUCAGAAAUUAUACCACGUGAAACAUGAGAGGAAACACUCAGGAGAGAAAUCUUUCCUGUGUCAGGAAUGUGGGCAAGGAUUCACUGACCAGUCAAAUCUUACCACACACCAGAGGGCACACUUGGGGGACAGGCCAUAUAAGUGUGUGGAGUGUGGGGGAGAAUUUAAUGUUGAGUCAGCUCCUGUUACACACCACAGAACACACUCAAGGCAGAAGCCUUACCUUUGCAGAGAAUGUGGGCGAGGCUUUCAACAGAAAUCAACUCUCACCAACCAUCAGAGGACACACUCAGUUGAGAAGCCUUUUAUGUGCAUCAAAUGUGAGAGAGGCUUUAGACAGAAGUCACACCUCAUCAAUCAUCAGAGAACUCAUGCUGUGGAGAAGGCUUAUAUUUGCACAGCGUGUGGGCAAGGCUUCACCCAGAAGGCUAAUCUCAUUAGGCACAAGAUGGCCUACUCCAGGCAUAAGUCCUUAGUAUGCAGGGAGUGUGGACAAGGCUUUAGCCAGAAGUCAGUCCUCAUAAGACAUCAAAGGACACAUUCAGAGGAGAAGCUUUACGUAUGUAAAGAGUGUGAAUGGGGUGUUAGGGAUAAGGCAACCCUCAUGAAGCAUCAUAGGACACACUCAAGGGAAUAA